ACACACCCCAGAGCUGCACACACUGUUUAGUGCGCUAGUAAGCGGCUCUGCAGGGAGAGACCCUUUACGUGGCAGGGAGUCCGGACGUGACAUCUUCAUCUGAGGAAUUGAACUCUUCUUCCCUCCGUUAAUAAAGUGUGCAGCUCCAUCAGCGGGAGGUGAGAGUCACAGGUCAGGAGUCUCCGGUGUCAUGUCCAGCAUGUGGCCGCUUUUCUGGGCUGCGUUUCUUCCAUCCAUCAUCCUGGCUUAUGAAGUGGACUGGAAAAAGCUGGAUGGUCUCGCGAGAGCGAAAGUGGAGACCUGUGGAGGAUGACAGCUGAAUAGACUGAGGGAGGUGAAGGCCUUCGUGACCCAAGACAUCCCUCUGUAUCAUAACUUGGUGAUGAAGCACAUCCCUGGUGCAGACCCUGAGCUCGUCCUCCUGAACCACUACUACGAGGAGCUGGAUCGCAUACCACUGUCACACAUGACCCGUACUGACAUUAACAGUCUUCUGGCGGAGUUGGGCUUCUAUAAAAAAGCACAAGCUGAAGAUGAAGUGCCAGAUGAGUUUCGCUUCUCACCAGCUAAAGACAGCCCCUUCAAAGAGCAUCACACUAGAAAAGCACCCGCAAACAGUGAUCUCCCAGAGGAGCCCCAGCCUGAGAAAGCGACACCACACAAAGAUUUAUAGUCUUUAUACAUGAAAAAUUAAUUAGGAUCAGUAACAAAAUUUUGUCAUAUUUUCCCCAGUCUUGGGCACACACACGUCUGUGCUCUGCUUUUUCCAGUACGGGUGUAGACAGCUGAUCAUAACGAGCUGUUAUGGAGUCCAGUCUCUGCCCAGAUGAGAACUGAAUGAUGCCCCAAACUGUAAAAUCAUCCGAUUGGUUUAGGGCUGAUGAUCUACGUUCUUACUGGUCUAAGUUGGUCUCCAUAGAGUGCUGCAUAAUGAUACCACAGAGACAAAAUGAAUAAAUAAAUAUUUUUAAUUGGAA